AAAAUGGAGCCUCCAAAGCUCGUCGCGCCGACGCCGCCACCACCCGAGCCCCGGAGAGAAGAAGACUGGCGGCGCGGUACUCCAAUCUCCGGUAAGCAUAAAUGGCGACUGUUCCGGAUUCUCUGAUCUGGGAGAUCGUGAAGAAGAACAACUCCUUCCUGGUCAAGCAGUUCGGCAACGGCAAUGCCAAGGUUCAGUUCAGCAAGGAACCCAACAACCUCUACAAUGUCCACUCGUACAAGUACUCUGGGCUUGCAAACAAGAAGACCGUGACAGUGCAGCCAGCGGGUGGCAAGGAGAUGGCGGUGGUCCUCUCGACAACCAAGACAAAGAAGCAGAACAAGCCUGCCAGCCUCUACCACAAGUCUAUCAUGCGUAAGGAGUUCCGCAAGAUGGCCAAGACUGUCAAGAACCAGGUCAGUGACAACUACUACAGGCCUGAUCUUACCAAGCCAGCUCUUGCAAGGCUGAGUGCAGUGUACCGCAGUCUCCAGGUUGCCAAGUCCGGUGUCAAGAAGAAGAACAGGCAGUCAAAUUAAAGAAGGAUCAAUGAGCUUGUUUUGUGGAUGGGUAUCAAUGUUUAUGUUUCUACCUUUUUAGAUUUGUUAUGAAAAUAUGGGACUGAAGUAAGAUGAAUGAUGUGUUCACUCGAGGAUGCUACAGAUUUUCCUAGUAGGUUCCACCUUUCGCCAGAGUUUUUCUGCUGUUGAUCUUGGAGUUUAUGUAACUUUAUUUGAAACUGUCGUGCUUCGCUUGUAUGGGAUGCAAGUUGACAUGAAUCCUGACGUGACGCCGACUGAACAAAUUCUAUCGGUACUUCGGAAUUUCGUGCUUCGAAUA